AUGGCAUUUCUCCGGCGGUUCCUCGGGUUGAACAACCAGUUUGAGGUCGACGGGAAGCUCGUGCUUGUUGCAGGCGGAUCGAGAGGCCUGGGGAAGGCACUCGCGUUGGAAUUGGCUGCGAAGGGUGCAAAUCUGCUGUUGCUCGCACGAUCCGAGACUGCCCUCCGGCACACGCAGGGAGAGGUCCAGAGAGCGUGUACCAACUCGAAGCAGAUCGUCGAUGCGAUCCCAGUUGACUUGACCAAACCUGAUGAGAUCCAUGCUGCUCUCAAUCACUACCAUACCCCCGAUAUCCUCAUCUGCACCGCGGGCGGAACCCCUACGCAAGUCGGAUUUCUCGCCGACAUCUCCCCGGAAGCCAUCACGUCCUGUGUAGACCUCAACUACUAUACAACCGUUUUCAUCGUGCAAUACUGCCUGAAAUUAUGGCUCGCUGCCGCUCCCACCCCCUCACCGCGUCAUAUCCUCCUCACGUCGUCCCUGGCGGCAUUCCUGGGCAUCCCAGGUUUCAUCGCAUACACACCGACUAAAGUCGCGAUUCGAGCUUUGGCAGAUACCCUGCGCCAGGAGCUUCUGCUCUACGGUGACAACACGUUUAAAGUCCACGUCAGCUUCCCGGGACCGUUCAUAACCGAGGCUUUCCUCGAGGAACAGGACAAUAAACCCAAUUUGACCAAGACAAUUGAAGGAACGAACCUGUCUCGCACGGAGCUGGAGCAGAAGAUUCCAUCCGCUCGAGCCAUUGCGAAAAGAAUAAUCGCCGGGGUAGAGAAGGGCAAGACCUAUGUAUCCGUGGACUGGAGAGGGGAUGUCCUAUUGAAUAACAUGCGAGGCCCGAGUCCGCGUUUCUGGACUCUGUGGGAUUUCUUCUUAGGUAUUGUGGCAGCUUGUGCGUGGUGGUUCUAUCGUACGUCUUUUGAUCGACAGACGAGGACGUUUGGAGCCAGUCAUGGUCGGAACAACCAAGUAUAG